GGAGGAUUUGUGGAUAUUAUGGUUCCGUUAGAUAUGUCGGUGCUCAGAUAAAUGUGCGGACAUUUGACGCGGAGCACAUUUAGCGUUUGGCAAGUGACUCGUUGGCUCGACUAUGGAAUAUAAGUAGGCUAUACGUCGCGGUUGAGUUCGUUUAGAACUUGAUGUCACGCUGAUUUUUUCCACCUGAGAACAUGUGUCUGAGAAGUUUGCACAGUAUUGUAUCCCAGCCUUGUUGAUGGAGUUCUUGCAAAGGAGUGGAGAUUACUGCCACGCCCAACAUCUCAUCGCUUAGGUCGCAGGGCAGUAUGCCCAUCUCUGCCCUUUGAAUGCCCAAAGUGAUCGCAGCCUGCCGUCCACACCGCUGUCUUUCUGACUGGCGAUCACAAAGCAGACCAAUGGGUUAAGGAGAGACGGGGGAUCCAGGACAGUGUCACUCAACUGCAAGCACUCUACUCCCCACCGACCCUCCGCUCAGUCUCCCACGGCUGGACGCUGCACCACAGAGACCAGCCGAAGUCUGGUCCUACUCAGGCUGUUGACUGCUGGGGGGGUGAUGGUCUGAGGGCUUUCUCUGUUGGCUCUCCGAGGCUGCUGACGGGAGAACAUUGCAUAGCGUGGAGGAGUACUCGGCUGUUUGCUUGCACACGGAGGGGUCUCGUUGGGUUCCGUGGAGGCUGGCCCGGCCUGGGUGUGCGUUUCUCCAGGAAGUGAGCUCCAGGGCAUGGCCAGGAUGAACCGGCCGGACCCCGUUGAGCUCUGCUACAAAAACAUGCGCUUUCUCAUCACGCACAACCCCACCAAUGCCACUCUCAGCACGUUCAUUGAGGACUUGAAGAAGUAUGGUGCAACGACAGUUGUGCGAGUGUGUGAGGUCACCUAUGACAAAACACCCCUGGAGAAGGAUGGGAUUACAGUGAUGGAUUGGCCCUUUGAUGAUGGUGCUCCACCACCUACUAAGAUAGUGGAUGACUGGUUGUACUUGCUGAAGAACAAGUUCUGUGAGGAUCCUGGCAGCUGUGUGGCUGUUCACUGUGUCGCUGGACUGGGUCGAGCGCCUGUACUGGUUGCCUUGGCACUGAUCGAGAGCGGGAUGAAGUACGAGGAUGCCAUACAGUUCAUCAGACAGAAGCGCCGAGGAGCCAUCAAUAGCAAACAGCUGACGUAUUUAGAGAAGUACAGGUCCAAGCAGAGACUGCGCUUCAAAGACCCACAAAACCACAAGAACAAAUGCUCCAUCAUGUAAUCCCAAGCCUUUCAAUCAACACUGUGAAAUGGACAGAUGGCUAGGCCACAAAAUCAAUGCAUUUAACUCAUUAAUCAAAGGACUGACUGACUUUUACUGUGGGAUACCUGAUUCACUGGGACUUCUCAAUCUCAGGGCUGCUACAGACAAGCAACCAUAAUGUAGUAAUAUGAACUCAAGAUUCUUUAAUAUAAAAAGGAUUUACCCACCCUAAUUGUUCCCUUUCAACUCCAGAUCAAUCACUGCACACUCUGAUGGUUCACCCAGUCACCACUGUUGACUGCAUUAACCUUAUGAAAAUCCUUUCAUCAUGAGUCAUUUACUCAGAGGACACAGAAUGGUUAUUUAUAUGUUUGUCUCAAGGCUUGUUUAUGAAUCUGAUUUAGUCAAUGUAUCUUAACAUCAGUGCUUGUCAAUUAUGCUUUGUCCUCCUGUUUUUUUGUAUGUAAUUGUGUUGUUUCACAUUGCAUGUCACACCUUCAGCCUCCUUUCUUUAGCACCACUGAAACAAUAAUGGGGGGAUCUACCACAAAGAGUGGCUCGUCCUUUAACAGAGCCAUAUUUUUGUACAUUGUGAUAAUAUAAUACUCUGGGAACUGGGAUGCCUCACCACUAGCUGCUUCUGGAAGAGAUGUGGGGGUGAGUUGGGAUGAGUUUGUGGUGAUGGUGUUGAUAUUACAGUAGCUCUGUAUUCAGAUGGCUCCCCUUGUUUGUGUGUGUGCGUAAGAGAGAAGCGUCACAAUGCUGUGAGGCUGGAAUUGGACAACAACUCUUUCUCUGGGAUUCUGCGUAUCAGUCUGACUUCUGAAAUAAAGGCCACAGUGAAUGAAA